UAGCCUCGUUGACGUCAGUGCUGAUGCAAUGUGAUUUAGUCACGUGAUAUAUUUUCAUAUUCAUUGCAGCUAACUGACACACGUUCACACACCUUGCUACGGUGUAAACAAACCGUCUUUUCGUAUCGUUUCACUUUAAAAUGUGUGUUAUGUUUUAUAUAUAAACUCGAUUCAGUCUCAAGAGGAACAAUUGUAACAUCAAGCUAAUUACCUUUGCAGUCACCUUUAUUAGCCAGUGAACGCCACAAACAGUGACAUGCUAAUGAGGCUAAGCUAACGUGCUAGCAGCAUCUGCGGAGUGCGAAGAGAUGAACACGCCGCUCGGGAGGAGCGGGUUGAUUGGACUCGCGGUCGGAGCCACAGUCGGUUGUGGCUUGAUCGCCUUUAUGAUUUACCGGGAGAUCGAUAGGAGAAGAUCCCGGAGUCUGGUGCUGGAGGCCCGGUCAGCUCCACGGCUGUGUGACGGGGCGGAGGAAGAAGCGGUGCUGCUGCUGCGGGAGACGCUGGAUGCUCAGGAGGUGGAGGCCCAGCAGCAGGCCCUGGCAGCGGUGGCGGCGGCGGUGCAGGGCCUGUCCCCAGAGCGGCAGCUGGAGCUGAGGAACCAGCUGGACCAGGUGCUCACCUGUGUGUCCUCGCUGCGCUCAGAGGUGGCCGAGCUGAGGGGCGGCCUGCAGGACAUCGCGGUGCAGAUAAUCCAGGAUGUCAAAAAGGGAGUGGAGGACAGUCAGCGGGUACGUCGGCGGCGCCAUCUUGUCCACAGGGAGCGCACUGACUCCAACGGCUCCAGCUCCAUCUAUUUCACUGCCAGCCAGGGCGUGACCAGCACGUACGAGACCAGCGAAGGAGGGUACUCGACGGCCUACGCGGAGUCCGACUACACUGAUCGCGACACAGACAAAGAGGAGGGCGAGCGGGAGCCCGAACAGGAGUCUGAGGAAGACGAGGACCAGAGCUGUGCCACCGUCCUCACGCUCCGCCAGGAAGACUCCCAGGAGGAGGAAGUGGAGGAGAGAGGGCUGCUGGAGGAGGCGGAGGAGGAGGAGGAGGAAGAGCAAGAGGAGGAGAGGCUGCAGCUGGUGACUGAAGUCCCCAGUGGGGAGCUGGCUCUCCUCCUGGCUCAGAGCGACAUCCUCCACACCGGAGACGCCAGUUUAAAGGCAGAGGGCUUUAAACUGCUGCUGGACAACAGAGCAGAGUAUGGAGACAGCAGGGAGUUUCUGUGGCGACUGGCUCGGGCUUACAGUGAUAUGUAUGAGUCCACUGAGGACAAACAAGAGAAGAAGAGCUACGCACAGCAAGGUCAAGAGGAGGCAGAGUCGGCCCUGAAGAAGAACGGCCUUAACGCCGAGUGUCACAAAUGGUUUGCUGUGUUGACAGAACUGACCUCCAAGCAUGGGAGCAUGCAUGGCAAACUAAAGAGCAGCAACAUAUUAAAGGAGCAUCUGGACCGAGCAAUCGCCCUCAGAGAUGAUGACCCCAUGUGUUACUACUUGCUUGGCAGAUGGUGCUACGAGGUAGCCACUCUGGACUGGUUGGAGAAGAAGGCGGCCGCUGCCCUCUACCAGAGCCCCCCCACCGCCACACUGCUUGACGCGCUCGAGAACUUCCUCAAGGCAGAGGAACUCAGUCCAGCUUUCUCCAAGACAGUGAGACUUCACAUCGCUCAGUGUCACCAGAAGCUGGGAAACAUCUCGGAGGCCACAAACUGGACUGAGCUGGCUCUGAAGACGCCCACAAACUCUGAUGAUGAUGAAACGUCUGAACUGGAGGCUCAGCUGAGAGUCUUAACUGACAGAAAAAUCUGAAGAAAAGAAGAAUUCUACUGAGAUCCAGCCGAUGGCACCGAUUGGCUAGUCAGGCCGCCAAUCUGUGGUCAUCCAAUCGGAUCUCUUUUCCCUUCAUUGGUGGAUACUUUUGUCACUGUGAAAUAUGGAGUUUAUUGAUGUAUAUUUAUUUUCUUUAACAAUUGAGCAAAUAUCGCUAAAAGUUAUAUAUCUUGAUGUUUCUUUGUUUUCUAUUUGUUUGCCUUUUUAACUGAUAUUUUUUUUUUAAAGGAUCCAUUUCCCAAAUGACAUAAUCCUAUCUGAGCACUUCUCUCUAAUGUGCAGAUGGUUUUAUUUCAGACUGAUAUCUCAAAACUCUGCAUGGCUCGACACCCCGACAGGGAGGAUCUUUUAUUCUGUUUGAUUUUUGGAAGAGUUAUCUGGACACCGCGUCCUGUUUAAUCAGGGAUGUUCUGAGAGCUUUACGUGAAGGGAAGCACUAUAAAAAUAAACCUAUUUAACUUAAUUUAUUUGUAUUGUACACACUUCAUUCUAAUAUUGUUCUGAUGGGUCCAUCAAAUCCUUUGAUGCAUUUCUGUGAAGAUAAAUGACUUUAUUAAUGUAGAUGUAGUAACACUAGUAUUUUUGAUCUGAAUAUAUACGUUUUUUUCAGUUAAGCUCCAACUUAAAUCACUGAAAUAGAUCAUUUAGUUUAAAGCGACUGUACUGAACUACAUUCUUUGGUUUGUGACUGACAAUAUUCGUACUUUACUUUGUGUCGAGUAUCUUUGCUUUGAGUGGUUUUACAUUCCUGUCGUCUGAAGUGAAAGUUAAGCUGCAGGUUAUUACUUUGAUCUAACAUCACUUUUCUUGUUGAGGUUGAUUUUGCUGAUUCAUUUGAUCCUGAAAUAAAAAAUAUGCACUUAUGUGACACAUGGAUAACAUUGAA